AUGAAGGCCCUGCUAUCAAGAGACUGGCGUCAGGCUGCCCUCCUGGGUUGCCUGGUGCUCUGCUGGAUGACAACUGCGGCUCAGGCAGACAACUACUGCAACGUUUGUGGAAGCUGCACCACGCCCGAGUGUCAAUUGUCAAUCGUCUCCCUCGACGAUUCGAGGUUGGUCAUACCGAACGACUUGGACAUCUUGGGCAACAAGCUGGACCUGUCAUACACUGGAAUUACGACAAUUGGAGCCAAUGCCUUUGGCUCUAUGAACCUGACCAACCUGAAAAUGCUCAUGCUUGCGGACAUGCAAAUCAGUUCCAUCCACCCGGAUGCCUUUACUGGCCUUGACACGGUCGAAUCUUUGUACUUGGCCAACAAUCGCCUGUCUUCAAUUCCCGACAAUGCGCUGAGCCACCUCUCUAGUCUCAAAGAACUCGUGUUGAGCUCAAACCCAAUCCAGUCGUUGUCGGCAGCCUCCUUCAGUGGGCUUUCUGAGUUGCUAACUCUGAACAUGAUGAGCUCCGGCCUUACCGCGUUCCCUGUGAGUGCGUUGAGUCAGGUCCCCAAGUUGACUUCUUUAUCUUUAACCUCGACAGACGACUCGGUCCUCAGCAUUCCCGAUAAUGCCUUUGCGCCGCUCUCUUCACUAAUCUGGAUGAGCAUCGGAUUUCCAGGUCUCACCACUCUCAGCGCAAACACGUUCACAAAUCUUUCGUCCCUGACAACUCUGUCCAUCAACCAGGCAGAAUUCCAGUAUCUUCCGGUUGAUGCUUUCUCAAAGUUGCCCGCCAUUCAGUCAAUUUAUCUCUACGACACGCCAACUACGCUUCCAGCUGGCAUCUUUCAAGGGCUGUCUGAUCUUACCAAUAUACUUUUGAUCGGGUCACUGACGUCAAUUCCUGCUGGCCUGUUCAAUGGUCUUUCGUCCUUGCGUUCUAUCAACAUGUUCGGCCUUCCAUUGACCACUUUGCCUGGCGGACUGUUCACGGGCCUGUCACCUUUAUUGCUACUUACGUUUGGAAAUACCUUUGCUUCCGCUCCUCCGCCUCCAAGCACUUACAUGACCUAUCAAUUGCAGCCCUGCCAUCCCGCCUGCGGCACAUGUUACGGAGCUGGCGACGCUAGUUGCUGCGAUUCCAACUGUUUGAGUUGCAACCAGACCAACCGCUGCCUUGCAUGCUACAAUGGCUACCAAAUGAUCGAAGGUGCUUGCGUGUCGACCGCCAGCAUGUCUGCCGCCAGUGCCUCUGUCAGUGCCGCCAGUGCCUCUGUCAUUGCCGCAUCCAUCGAAGCUGUAAAGGCCGCUGCGGCUGCCAACCAGGCGUCGUCAAACACGCUCCCGAUUGCCGUUGGUGCUGCCGGAGGUGUGGUGCUGGUGGCCCUGAUUGUUCUCGUCGCUCUGUGGCGUCGCCGCGCGUCGUUGAAACUGGCCACAUCCGGCCAUCGAAUUGGAAUGAUGAACAACACUACAUAUUCCAAUUCUGACGAAGAGAAGUUCGGCAUGCACUACGAUGGAGCGAACAAAAACGCCUACGAAACUGUGGACAACAAUCCUACCUACGAGGCCCUCAACAUUCCCCCGCCGCCUCUGCCCGUUGAUCGUCAGUUUGCAACUUCUGACAUUUCCUCUUCAGGUGCCAAUGCCGACAGCGCUGAUGUUCUCUACGUUGAGGCGCACGCUGCUGGACGCAUUCAGCCAAGCGAACCGAUCGCUUCCACCGUCGACUAUGCCUCCAUUACUGGCACCGUUGCGCUCAGCACCGCGACCAACGAGUGA